CUAAUUUCAAUACCUCAUUCAUAAGGUAAAAAAGAUGCACAAAAUGCACCCACAUAAGAUUAUAACCACUAAGGUAAGCGCAUAGUGCCAAAAGGGGAUUUACGAUAUUUCAAUUUCGACCAAUGAGGGUGGCCCUUUGAGCUACCCCCACCCAUUACUUAAAAGGGAUGAUGCCCAAAUAGCAAACCAGCUUAAAUACCGAUAGCCAGGAAAGUUAUCUGUUAUUCUCUUGUUUUCGCUUAUGCAAAUAGAUACACAGUUUUGAAUCAAGUGACAUUUGUGUGACAGUGUUUUGUUUAUUACAAUCAUGGAUUAUACUUCUCGUGGAUAUUAUGAACACAAUGCCCAUAUGGCCCCUGUGGAAAUCAAAUUAAAAAAUGAAAAUCUUUGGAACUCAUUUCAUAACGAAUGUACGGAAAUGAUAAUUACAAAAGCUGGAAGGCGUAUGUUCCCUUCUUUCGACUUGGCUUUGAACAACUUGGACCCCAACGCACACUACUGCAUCGCAUUGGAGUUCAACCUGGUUUCUAGAUGCCGUUAUAAGUACUCCACAGCAGGAGGAUGGGUGCCAGCAGGAACUGAGGAAGCGCAAAGCGUCCAUCGCUUCUACAUGCACCCUGACUCUCCGGCUACAGGGGAAUACUGGAUGAAACAGUCAGUUAGCUUCAACAAAGUCAAGCUUACCAACAACCCAUCACCUCCAUUGGGACAGAUCGUUUUAUCAUCAAUGCACAAAUAUCAACCCACCAUCAUAAUCUCCAAAACCGCCGACCCUAGAACCAUGCGUUGGGCCCCAACAAUAUCACACACCUUCAAAGAAACUCAAUUCAUCGCUGUGACUGCGUAUCAAAACGACGCCAUAACCCAACUUAAAAUCGACAACAACCCUUUCGCAAAAGGUUUCCGUGAAAACGGUCACUCGAAAACCAAAAAACGCCGAAGCAACUCCGACGAAAUUAAAGAUACUCCAACAAAAUCAGCCAAAUUGGACUUGGAAGAAACAUCAUCGACAACCACAGAAGACGAGAGGCUUUCCACAUCCCCAUUGUCAUCAUCCCCAACUGUUGAACCCUCUUAUUACCCUCCAAUGUACCCCAUGUACCAAUCCUUUUACCCUCCGACCUCCUACUAUUACCCCCAGUACCCCUUACCGAUGUACCUCCACUCCCCUUCUCACUACGCGGUAGAUUUAUCCAGACAGGAACAUGUUAAACCCGAAAAUAAAACGAGUAGGCUAACAGAUUUUUCGAUUAAGGCCAUCCUGGAUAAUUCGGCGUGAUGUAUACCUACCUGAUGUUAAGUACCUACUUGUUUUUUUGUAUAUAAGAUGUAUUUACUGUGUAUAUAUUGUAUAGAUUAAUUUAUGGUUGUUAUGCAAUAAUGCAAUAUGAUGGAGCGCCUGGUUGUGUUCUUGUGAUAUUUAUUUUAGGUGGUUUAAAAUUAUGAAUAAAAAUAUUUUGUCUA